AACGUUAAGGAAUUUCUGGAAUAUUUGAAAAAAUCCGCAAAUAACGGCGAUUCUAAGGCCUUGUAUAAUCUAGGGGAUUUGUAUGUGCGCGGAAAACUUGGCGUUAGACGAGAUGAAAAGAAGGGCAUAGAAUAUUUGAGGUUAUCGGCACUGAAAGGUCACACCAAAUCCAUUUCUGUUCUCAAAGAACUUGGAGUAGAAAUCUAA